AUGGGUUCGCUUUUCCGGAGUGAGGAAAUGACCUUGUGUCAGCUCUUUUUGCAAAGUGAAGCUGCUUAUGCCUGUGUUUCUGAAUUGGGAGAACUUGGACUUGUCCAAUUUCGCGAUUUAAAUCCUGACGUAAAUGCAUUCCAACGUAAAUUCGUCAAUGAAGUCCGUCGGUGCGAUGAAAUGGAGCGUAAAUUGCGGUACCUGGAGAAAGAAAUUAAAAAAGAUGGAAUCCCGAUGUUGGACACUGGUGAGAAUCCGGAGGCUCCACAACCUCGUGAGAUGAUCGACUUAGAGGCGACCUUCGAGAAACUCGAAAAUGAACUCCGGGAAGUUAAUCAGAAUGCAGAAGCGCUUAAGAGAAAUUUUUUAGAGCUCACUGAGCUCAAGCACAUUCUACGCAAGACCCAGGUCUUUUUCGAUGAGAUGGCAGACCCAAGCCGCGAAGAAGAACAAGUAACUCUUUUGGGUGAGGAGGGCCUCCGCGCUGGCGGCCAGGCUCUUAAACUCGGUUUUGUCGCUGGUGUUAUUCUGAGAGAAAGAAUACCGGCGUUUGAGCGAAUGUUAUGGCGAGCAUGCAGAGGAAAUGUAUUUUUACGUCAAGCUGAAAUUGAAUCUCCUUUGGAGGAUCCAUCAACAGUGACAGCAGCAAAAAAUCUUAAGAACUGGUUCAUCAAAGUCAGAAAAAUUAAAGCUAUUUAUCACACACUAAACUUGUUCAAUCUUGACGUUACACAAAAAUGUCUGAUCGCCGAGUGUUGGGUUCCUGUGCUCGAUAUUGAGACAAUCCAGUUGGCUCUACGUCGUGGAACGGAACGUAGUGGAAGUUCAGUGCCUCCAAUUUUGAAUCGCAUGGAGUCGUUCGAAGAUCCGCCGACUUAUAAUCGUACGAAUAAAUUUACCAAAGGGUUCCAAGCACUGAUCGACGCUUACGGAGUGGCAUCAUACCGCGAGAUGAACCCCGCGCCUUACACCAUUGUCACCUUUCCAUUUUUAUUCGCAGUCAUGUUUGGAGAUUGCGGCCACGGCGCGAUAAUGUUCUUUUUUGGUCUCUGGAUGAUCUUGAAGGAAAAACCUCUAUCAGCUCAAAAAUCUGAUAAUGAAAUCUGGAACAUCUUCUUUGGCGGUCGCUACAUUAUAUUCCUGAUGGGGUUGUUCUCCAUGUACACCGGGCUUAUAUACAACGACAUCUUCUCAAAAUCUCUCAACAUAUUCGGUUCCUACUGGGAGGUAAACCUAGACUGGAAGACCAUCAACACCAACAAAGGUCUCUCUCUAGACCCGAAGCCAGAUUACGUUGGACACCCGUAUCCUCUGGGUAUGGACCCUGUCUGGCAGCUGGCAGAAAACAAGAUCAUAUUUUUGAACUCCUACAAAAUGAAGAUAUCAAUCAUAUUCGGUAUAAUCCAAAUGUUGUUCGGUGUAAUUGUCAGUCUGAAAAACCAUCUUUACUUCAAAAGAUCGCUUAAUGUAAUCUACGAGUUCAUACCCCAGGUUUUUUUCUUGGUGUGCUUAUUCCUGUAUAUGUGUCUGAUGAUGUUCAUUAAGUGGUCUUCAUAUUCAGCGACCAACCCGGAUCCCUACAGCACUCACUGUGCGCCUUCUAUUUUAAUAACAUUCAUCGACAUGGUUCUCUUUGCAUCUCCGAAGGAAAAAGAUCCCAAGGACCCUUGCGACAAGUUUAUGUACGGCGGUCAGUUUGGACUUCAACGGUUCCUCGUAGUGAUUGCACUGCUCUGUGUACCGGUGCUGCUGCUCGCCAAACCUAUCAUGAUAAUGCGCGGACGUAAACAGCAUCAGCAGUUAAACAAUCACGGCCAGGAAAACGGAGAUGUUGAAGGAGCCGGUGCUGUUGUGCAGAAUCCAGUACACAGAGAAGAAGAAGAGAUGGGUGAAAUUUUCAUUCAUCAGGGUAUUCAUACUAUUGAAUUUGUGCUCGGUAGUAUUUCACAUACUGCCUCUUAUUUACGCCUCUGGGCUCUUUCACUUGCUCAUGCCCAAUUGUCUGAAGUACUAUGGAACAUGGUAAUGAAAAUAGGUCUUACUAGUGGUGACUGGUUUGGAGGAGUAGUUUUGUGGGUAUUGUUUGCCUUUUGGGCAGUAUUGACAGUCGGAAUUCUUGUUCUCAUGGAAGGAUUGUCAGCUUUCCUCCAUACUUUACGUCUUCAUUGGGUCGAGUUCCAAAGUAAAUUCUACGAAGGUACUGGCUAUACUUUCAGCCCAUUCUCCUUCGAAAUAAUUUUAGAGUCUGCUCAGACUACUACCGAAGAGUAA